UUGUGUUGUUGAAAAGUUCUUUUUUAGUUGUAUUUAAAGUUUAAGCAUUAGCCGCAGGUUCGGUUAGAGUAGUUAGUGCCAGUAGAGGUACAUUUUUUAGCAACAUUGAAAAUGCUCUCACAGAUCAAUUGGGGGAGUUUUAGGCAACCCGAGCAUUACCCGAGAACGGACAACGGCUGUUCUCAAGAAGAGGGACGAGGCCAUCAGAGGGUGCCAUCGGGUUCGAAAGAGUUCCAUGAAGUGACCACAAGAGAUGCUCAGAAUAGGCUACAAUCUGAGCUUAGUAUAAUCAUUGAAAGCUCACAAGAUGAGCAUAAAGAGGCCUGUGCCAAAGAGAUGGCAGGGUUCAGAUGCCUUUUUGACACUUUCCUCAAAGACGCCAAGGGCCCAGCGAUAGACUGGAAGAAGAUAGAGAAACUGCCUCCUGGUGCCGUGAAAGACUACAACUCUCUUUCGCCCCCUGAGGACCUAGAUGCUAUUAAGAAAAUGCUUGAUAAACUUGUCGUCAUAAAACUCAACGGAGGCCUUGGAACGAGCAUGGGCUGCCAUGGGCCAAAAUCAAUUAUAGUGGUGAGAAAUGAACUCUCAUUCCUUGAUCUCACCGUCCAGCAAAUCCAGCAUUUGAACAAAACAUACAAUGCAAAUGUUCCAUUGAUUUUAAUGAAUUCUUUUAACACGGAUGAAGAUACGAAAAAAAUCAUUAGAAAAUAUGCUGGGCUACAAGUUGAAAUUUAUACAUUCAGUCAAAGCUGCUAUCCUAGAAUAUUCAAAGAAACAUUGCUGCCUGUACCAAAACACAGCAACAUCAAAGAACAUUUAGAAGCUUGGUAUCCUCCUGGUCAUGGUGAUUUUUACACCUCAUUUGAAAGUUCUGGUCUUCUUGAUACUUUCAUAAAGCAAGGCAGAGAAUACUGUUUCCUUUCCAAUAUUGACAACCUUGGAGCGACGGUUGACCUAAACAUACUCAAUAUGCUUUUGAACAUGGAAACUGGUGAGGGGACUUCGCCUGAAUUCGUCAUGGAAGUCACAGACAAGACCAAGGCCGAUGUUAAGGGAGGCACUCUGAUACAAUAUGAAGAUAAACUGAGACUUCUUGAAAUAGCGCAAGUCCCUAAAGACCAUAUUGAUGAAUUCAAAUCAAUCAAAACCUUCAAGUUUUUCAAUACAAACAACCUCUGGGUUAAGUUACCAGCAAUUAGUCGGGUGUUGAGUGACAACUCUCUGAAAAUGGAAGUCAUUGUAAAUCACAAAACGAUCCAAGGAAAUAUAAAUGUAAUUCAACUUGAAACGGCUGUUGGGGCGGCAAUGAAAUGUUUCAACGGGUGUUUAGGUAUAAACGUUCCAAGGAGUAGAUUUUUGCCUGUAAAAAAGACAUCGGAUUUACUUCUAGUUAUGUCAAAUCUGUACGUUAUGAAUCACGGUAGUUUGGUCAUGUCUCCUAAUAGAAUGUUCCCAACGACUCCGCUCGUCAAGUUGGGUGAUAAUCAUUUCUCAAAGGUUAGUGAGUUCCUUUCAAGAUUUAACGCAAUACCAGAUAUCCUCGAGCUCGAUCAUUUGACUGUGUCUGGAGAUGUAACAUUUGGAAAAGGCGUCAUUUUGAAGGGCACAGUACUGAUAAUAGCGAAUCAUGGAGACAGGAUCGACAUCCCACCCGGGGCUUUGCUAGAGAAUAAAAUUGUUUCGGGUAAUCUGAGGAUACUGGACCAUUGAAAUGCACUCCAUUUCCCCGAAUCAGGGUUCAUAAUCAUCUGUCUCUUGUGAUACUAUAAGAUUGUUAUACACAGCAUGUUAUACAUUGUGAUUAAACUUAUAUAGAUUUUUUUGUGUCUAUAUA